CCCGCCACCAAUCUACAUACCGCCAGCUCAGAUUUAAGUUCGGCGGCGUAACAACGGAGUCCAGGUGAUCGGUAGUAGAAGCACAAGUAUUUUCGUCAAGAAUUGGAUAGAGUACAUAUAUUUUUCUAUUUCUGAAUAUUGCAGUAUCACAGUUAUUGAAUGAUGAGUUUAAUACUUGAUGUAUGGUGUGGAGUGUUUCUUAUCUUGGUCAUUCCUUCAGAUUUUUCAAUGGGUGAAGAAGUGGUCGUGACACCAUCAUAUUCCAAAGAGGGUAACACUGCAAUAAUUGAAUGCAAGUAUUCAAAUAUUCAGUUAACUGUUCUGAGUUGGUACCGAGCUAAUGAAGAUGAACAACAGGUUGGAGAUCUACUUGUCAGUAACAAGAUCACCUCAAAUGGCCGAUAUUCUUUAAACACUACCAGUGACAAUAGUGGUGAUUUAUACAUCACCAGUACUACAAGGGAUGACACAGGAAAUUACUUAUGUACUGUUGUUUCUUCUACUGGCACUCUUCCUUCUGAUGUUGCCAGCCUUACAGUGCAGUACCUUGAUGUACCAAGUCUUACAGUGCCCUCAUCUCCUGUCCCAGAGGGCAGCACAACAACACUAUACUGCAGCUUGCCAGAUGGGGUCCCAACUCCAAUUGAAUUUUUUUGGAUGAAGGACAAUGUGUUGCUUGAUCUUACAAACAAUGCCAGAUUAAGGGGUUCCCUCAACAACCAGAACCUGACAAUUGAAAUGGUAGAUGUCAACGAUGCUGGAGACUACAGUUGUCGAGCAGAAAAUAGUGUAUAUUCUGGUACUGAUGGAAGAACUAGUAAUAUUAUUAAAUUGGAAAUCUAUUAUACAAGAAUAACCUCAUUGAGUUGGGUAGGUGGUGUGGUAACGUGUAUGGCAGAGGGCAACCCCACACCUGCUGUCAUGAUUGAAGUUGACUCGUCAGUUGUUGACUCUGGAAGUUUAACUGCAUCAGCAAGUGUUCCAUGUGAUACUACAUCAAUUGUCAAAUGUUCUUCAGACAAUGGAGAAAAUCAAGUUAUUUCACAAGAUAUCGCAGCAUGUAGUGAUGGUUGCCAGCCAAAUCCUUGUCGAAAUGGUGGAGUUUGCAUGUCAUCCAACACUAAGGCUUUUCAGUGUAAAUGUACAUCAGGAUUUCAAGGUGUUACUUGUCAAAAUGCAGAUGACGGCUCUAAUGUUGGUCUUAUUGUAGGACUUGUAGUUGCUGUCAUUGUUAUUGCUAUUGUUAUUGUUUUUCUAUACUGCAGAAAUAGAGAUAAAAUGUCAGAAACAAAUGUUGGGUAUAGUUCGAAGCCAGCAGAUGUGGAAGUAAAAGGGUCUGAUAAUGCUGCUCGUGUCCCGUUAAAGGGUGGUCCUGGCUAUGAGGUGAUGCCCUCUAUGACCAAAACAAGUUUGGGUAUGAAUAGAGACCUACAGAAGAGUAAUGAGAAACUGUUUGAUGCAAGGGAAGAUGCUGUGUUGUAUGACCAUGAUGGUGGCAAGCCUGUGGGUGUCAUGAUAUGAUUCCUGAAUGCAAACACUCUAUUAUUAUACAUCUCAAUUCCAAAGUUAGUUAACAGGUAAACGUGUACAGGUAGGGUAUGCCCUACAGAAUACUGUAAUUGUAGGAACAUCAUUACGUAGUAUUCGACUUACACCUGUUUCUAAUGUUUUUUUAAAAAGUUAACUUGCACUGAUUUUAUUUUAUUUUAUUCGGAAUAUCAUUGCACAAACAGUUACAUCGAAACAUUGGUAAAGAAAUGAAAAUAAUAGGCCUAAUAAAAAAUAUCAAUAUAGAAAGUGUAGUGAUUUUCCAGGGUAACCUAAUAAAGCCUGAAGUAUUUCUAUUGGGGUUCAAUAUAAAAUCGAUCUAUAAUAUAUUAUUUACAAAAAGUUUUUAAUAGACAUAUAUUUGUGAUUGAUUGAUUGAUUUGUAAGAAAAACCUUUAAUAGAUAGAAUGAGCAGAAUUUGUUUUAUUUUAAGUGUGACAGUGUUCUUGGGUAAUAGAUACAUUAUAAAUUAAUGGAUUAUUUUUAAUUAAUUAAAGCUAUUCAAAGUGUCUUAA